GGGAGACGGAGAGGGCGAGCCGAUGGCGCUAUGUAUCGCCCGAGUCUCAAGGGUCCAGGAGAAAAGUGAAAUGUCCCCUCCUUGGGUGUGUAUCUUUUAUCCAGCAACCGAGGAGCUAAAACCUGGAUCUCCUGCCUACAGAAAGGCUGUUGAGAUGCUAAAUGCAGACAGAGGCCUGGGAAAGAAGGGUGAAAACUAACAAAACCUCAAAAACGUAUGGCGACGCCCACCUAGUCGUGGACAAGGAAGUUGAGGGCCUCAUGUCCCAAAUUAAGAGAUGGAGGCCGACGCCAGAAGGAGAGGAUUAUUUUUUUCUCACAUCAAAUGGUCGGCAAAUGACCAGUUCAACUGUCUGCCAGGACCUGGAGCGGUGCGGACAGCUAGUUGGCUGGAACCGUCCGGAGUCAGCCACUAGCUUACGCCAAUUCGCCGCCACUGUGAUCAGCAAAUAUCCAGAAACUGUUAGAAAGACAGUAGCCGGGCACAUGUUCCAUAGCCAAGCUACCCAAGAAAAAUACCAUAUUCUUCAACAGAAGGAGGACCAGGCGAGAGAGGCUUACUCUCUACUAAAUGUUGCUCGAGGAUCGACCACCAAAACAGCAAGACCAGCCUUACCUGCAACCGAGGCACCAACAGCUCAAGAUUCCACAGAAGCUGAAGACAAAACACCGUCAACAGCUAUAUAUGCUUCUAAAAGAAAAGCCGGCUGGACGGCACAGGAGGAGGGCCAGCCGAGGAAGCUGUUUGGACCAGCUAUAGGUUCAAGCCUCCGGAUGUCGGCGAUCAGGGAAAGCGUUGGAAACUUGUUAAACAAUUCCACCAUCCAGCAGAUCCGGGAUAAAAUCAAAGUUAUGAAAAAGUAACUUAUGUAAGGGUUAGGAUUAUAAGUAUAAGUCCUAGGGUCAGUUAUCACCUGAUUCCAAUUUAGACCUAAUGUCAUGCUCGGCUGGGUUUAUUCCUGUGCUUCCUCAUGCAUGAAGCAGAAGCAUAUGAGAACAUUCAGUGCGGGACAAAUUCUAUUUACAAUUUGGACAAAUGAUUUCUCACCUAGUGCACCCUAUCAAUGGGAGCACGCUGUCCUAUGUCAAUAAAAGGCCAGUUUUAACGGGACAGCACCACCUUGGGGUCAGAGGUCAGUGGUGUUUGUUUAAGUUACUGAAGCAGAUGGUCAGCUUGAUGUUAAAGACGGCUAAUAAAACAAAAUUGUCAUUGACGUUCUCUCCUUCAGUGGCUGAAGAGUUCCGCCAAAGAUUGAUAUCACUAUAAUUAGAUAUGUUGUACAUAACUAUCUAGUAACGGACACAAUAUGAAUAUGUACGAAUUGGACCGAUGAUUUUAUUUCUCGUACAUAUAAAAUAUAAUCAAUACACAUUUUAUUUUGCAGUAAUAUAUUUGUUCAUCCAUUAUACUUGGUAAUUAGGUUCUGCACAUUUUGGUAAAGAGAAAAGCAGUGGUGAAGUCCAUAGAAAGUUAUAUACAAUGAUAUGAUCACAAAAUAAAUUGCUUAAAAUUCCGAUUACAUUUCUUUUAUAUACUGUCUAAAGUUCUACUGCCUAUUAUGUACUUAAAUAUUAUUAGAUAUUUACAUGAUAUUUACAGGUUAUAAUACAAAACAUAGAGUGGGUGGGGGAAGGGGGAUAACUCCAACAACAUAGUUUAUUAAUUAGAUUCAGUCUGCAAUAUACAAUAAUUAUAAAGGUAAGAUAUAUUACAUGUUGGUUAUACACCGCUUAUAGUAUACAAGAUAUGCUAUCAGAUUGAAGACCGCACAGUCCUUGUGUUACGUUUAGGUCUUCAACUUAACACUGUACAGGAUCCAGAGCAAAUAUAAUUGCGGUAAAAAUUUAAAGUAAUGCAUUUGAGUAUAUAUAUGGUAAAAUUGCAGAUCUUAAGUAUGUACACUAGAAAUUGAAAAUAUAAGGAGUACGGGGCAAUAUAAGAGGAAAGCCGUCGAUAGGCCGUUAAACAUAAACAAACAAACAAACAAACAAACAAAAGAGGAAAGCUUAAUGAUAUCAUGAUAACCA